UAUGCAUAUAUCCUUUAUGAUUGUGAGUUGCAAGAUUUGACAGAUUGUUGUUCUUUUGUAUGUGCAAUGAACGUUUAAAAGUAAAAAGAUAGUGAAAUUAAUCAUUUUGAAGUGAUAAUCUCUUCAACGUAUCGUAAUGGAUACUGAUGCACGUGCAGAAUUAUAUGAAAAUUGGAAGAAGCGAGCUUUUGUAGGUCCUCUUCCACAAGGCUUUUUAAAAUUAGAAGAUCGCAAUGCACAACAACAACAAGAAGCAGCUGAUCAACAGGCUGCAUUAGCUUUGCAACAAUUGCAAAUGCAAAGUAAUCCGAUGUUACAUGAUCCACGUAUGGGCAAACUUAGUAUAACAAUUGCCCAGGCAAAAUUAGUGAAAAAUUAUGGUAUGACAAGAAUGGAUCCAUAUGUUAGGUUAAGAGUUGGUCAUUCAAUUUAUGAAACGCAUACAGAUUCUAACGGAGGGAAAAAUCCACGUUGGAAUAAAGUUAUGCAAUGUUUUUUACCACCAGGAGUUACACAAAUAUACAUAGAGAUAUAUGAUGAAUGUUCUUUUGUAAUGGAUGAAUUAAUUGCAUGGGGUCAUAUAGAUAUACCACCUAAAGUUCUUCAAGGAGGUGAAACACAUGAAGAUUGGUAUACGCUCAGUGGCAAACAAGGUGAUAAUUUGGAAGGCAUGAUCAAUUUAGUUUUCAGUUAUACGGCUAAAUGUCAUCCGUAUAUGCCUGGACCUUCAGUAAUGAUGGUACCUUCUGCAAAGAUGUUUAGUAUGGCAUCAUAUACACCCGUAUAUACAUCACCUCAACCAAUAUCAGCAGUUACAACACCUCCUGUUAUACCAAGUUUGUUACCAAAUGCUGAAGUUGAAUUGAAACAGCUUGCAGAAAUGUUUCCAAAUAUUGAUAAAGAAGUUAUUAAAUCGGUAUACGACGUUAAUCAAGGAAAAAAGGAUAUAACUAUAAAUUCAUUACUUCAAAUGUGUGAAUGAAUUUGAAUAUAUUUUAAAGAAAAUAUUCUAUGGAAUAUGUUAUAUAGACUAUACUGAAUCAAUGACUGUAUCGAUGGAAACAAAAGGAUAUAAAGCAGAUAUCUGCUAAUAUAAUGAUUAUAAAUUUAUUGAUUGCUUUAACAAAAAUUGUAGAAUGAAAAUAACAAUUGAUACGGGCUUUGCAUGAUUUCAUUGUAUACAUUUUAAAGACCAGAAAAGUUAUAUGAUGUGAUAUACAUUUGCCUUCUUCUGCCUUUGCUAAUGUCUCAUUGUAAGAUUUUUCAAAGCAUCACAGAUUAAUUUGAAACUAUAAUAACAUUCGAUAUUCUUGUCCAUAUUCUUUUGUGUAAUAUAUUUCUUGUAAAUUUAAUAUAUUCUUAAAUGA